CAUUCUUAACUGAAAUCCUCUUAUCGUUUCAGAAACUUUCUAUCAUCUCUCACACCAAUACCAACCCAAGGAGUGAAGAUGAUGAACCUUAUGGCUCUGUUUCUUGUUCUGUCUUCCCUUACAACGGCCAGUAUAUGGUCGACACCACCUGAGACAUUGGAGACAGUGAAGAAGAAAGCAAGAGAAGAUGUGAUAGUGAGAGAAGGCCGUCGAUUAAUCGUUGUUGAGUAUGAGAAAGAAAUCCCUUUACACCCCAAAGUUUUAAUCCCACCCCAAGAAGCUGAAUCAGAACCAGAAUCAGAUCUCACCCAUAAGCUCACAGGUCAGACCGCCGGAGAAAAGUUGUCGGAGGUGACAAUGGCUGCCAAGGAGAAAGCCAAUGAAGCCACCUCAGAUCAGAAGGUCGGAGAUAAGUUAUCGGACGCGACAAUGGCUGGCAAGGAGAAAGCUAAGGAAGCCACCUCAGAUCAGGGCGUGGGAGAGAAGUUAUCUGAGGUGGCAAUGGCUGCCAAGGAGAAAGCCAAAGAAGCCGCCUCUGUUCUCCCAAAUCUUGGCCAAGGCCUCUCUACUUCUACCCAAUCGCAGCCGCCACCAGGAUAUGCCCAUAGAGCAACUCCGAGGGAGCAAAUCUGUGAUGCCUUCGGUAAGUGCAAGCUUAAACUCGCCGGCGUGUUGGGCAAAGCCAAAGAUAAAGCUCAAGAAGAAGCCGAACAAGUCAAAGAGAAGGCCAAAGAUGUAAUCGGUGCAACCAAGAGAGCCGGAGAGAACUUGACAGAGAAAGUGAAGCAAGCCGAGGAAAAAGCAGAUGAUGUUGUGGAUAGAGCGAAGGCGAAAACACAUCAUUUAGAGAGAGAAGCAAAGGAGAAUGACAAUCUGACUGAUAUUAUCCGGCGAGGCCGCGAGGUGGCUCAUGAUGCUCUGACGUAUAUGGUGUCGACGGAAAAGUGGGCGGCGCUGAUGGGUGUGAUUCAGUUGCUUGGCUUCGCCAACGCUUAUGGGACGUGUGUGUGGGUGACGUUUGUAUCGAGUUAUGUAUUGGCUGGGGCUCUGCCAAGGCAACAGUUUGGGAUUGUUCAGAGUAAGAUCUAUCCGGUUUAUUUCAAAACCAUGGCUUACAGCAUUGGGCUUUCGCUGGUUGGACUGUGGUUGAACCCGGGAAGUCGCCGGUCUGAAUCGGUUCAGGGGUUUAAUCUGUUGACAUCGCUUGCAAUGGUCCUCGUCAACUUGCUCUACUUGGAGCCUCGGGCCACUAAGGUGAUGUUUGAGAGAAUGAAAGUGGAUAAGGAAGAAGGGAGAGGGAGAGAUGACGCGGACAUUGUGAUGGACACACCUCAGCGGUCACAGAUGGGGAUUAGCAGCGGAACAGCAACUACCACCACAACCACCACAAGUGGCGCUGCAACUGAAAGUGAGAAAGGUGGUGGGAGGACGUCGAGGGAGGAGGAGAAAUCGAAGAAGGUGAAAUCUCGGCUAGGGUUGCUGAACCAGAGGCUGAAGAAGCUGAAUACUCAGUCUUCGUUUCUUAAUGUCCUGACUCUGAUGAAUCUUACGUGGCAUCUAGUUGAAUUGGGUCAGCGUUUGCACCUUUCGUGCUGAGCUGAUGUGGACAGUGGUGUAAUGUAUUUCUUUCUUUUCAUACGGAUGGGAUGGUACUGACUGUAUGUAUUGUUUGUUAGGACUUAAUAAUGUUAGCAAUCUUUGUAU